ACUCAAAACUCAAAAAUCAAAAUCGUAUAGAGAAAGGCUAAAGCUUUUUUUUUUUCUGGUUGGUGGUAAAAACAAAAAUUAAAAUCACAAAAACAUGACUUUCUCUUAAAUCGAAUGGAUACUGGAUUUCAUUUUCAAAAUUACACAGUGCAAGUUAGUAGGUACAUACAUAGUAAAAUGUAGGUAAUCAAACAACCUCUAAGCUCAAACGAUAAUUUAAAAGUGUAGCUUAUCUAUCAAAAAAUUGAAAACAUUAAUAAUUAAUUUCAAUCAAUUACUUUUAAGUGACGAUUCGUAAUCUCUAUUAUCUUCAGUGUUAUAAUAACAUAAGGUACAUGUUAGUAUUUUUAAUGAUUAGUACAAUUACCAGCCAACAUGUGAGUGCUAUAAGAUUAAAUCGCUUUUCGCAUUGUACAUAAUGUCGAUGAAUUAUGCUUUUGGAUUUUCAUUAUUCCUUCUCGUUCUCGUCGGCCUGAAUAUCUACUUUUUCUAUACUCUUAACACAAUUGGAACAAGGUCUCCAAAGUUUAAUGUACCAAGUAUUAAGUUAGAAUUUACCUCCAGUGUGUUUAAAGAUAUUUACGAUUACCUAAACUAUUUGCCAAGCAACUAUAAAAGUAAAAAUCCAAAAUUUUUACCAAUACAGAACAGUUUAUUAAUUUCGUUUAACUCUAGUCAUCAUAAUAUUAAUACUCAAGAUGUGUGGAGCGAAACAGAAAGUUGGAAUAGUGAAGAGUCCCUAUUUCCACACACAAAUGGAGCUCCGGGUAAAAUACUACAUGCCAUACAAACCUCACAGAUAGCAUUGGUAGACAAUGCUCCUAAAGGAACACAAUUGAAACUGUUACUUUUACUUGAAGGUAAACAGAAGAUAUAUUUCAAGCCUAAACGUUACAACUUGAACCAUGUAAUCAAUGGGAACAUCUAUGGAGGCUUUGAUCGUCACAACUCUGAAGUGUUUGCCUAUUACUUAGCAAUGGUUCUAAACUUCAAAUGGAUCCCACCUUCUGUUAUACGCCGCAUACAUAUUCACAAGGAUAUAGUGCCUGUUGCUACUGCAGGCUUAAAGAGGACUAUGGUAAAAAAUGACAGUGGAUCAUUGUGUAUUUACGGAAAAUGUUUUUACUGUAAAAUAAAUGAGACAGUAUGCCCUGACAGUAACGGUGAAAUUGAAGGAGCUGCAAUCCUCUAUCUGGACAGACAAUUCAAGAUUCAUAAGUCACCAUGGAGGAGAUCCUAUAGUACCAGGAAAAUGGAAUGGGAAACUGAUAAUGAUUUUUGUAAAAAAGUGAAAGGAAUAUUAAGUGCAAAAAGGCUACUCAAUUUGAUUGAUGUUGCGAUUUUCGAUUUCCUCAUACAAAAUGGUGACAGACAUCGCUACGAAGUGUACAAAGAUCAGAUUGUUUUGCUGGACAACGGCAAAGGCUUGGGGAAUGCAAUGGUGGAUGAAUUGGAUAUUUUAGCGCCGCUCUACCAAUGUUGUAUAUUAACAGCAUCAACAUGGCAAAACCUAGAAAUGAUAUCUGGUGGUAUUUUAACAGAUACAAUUAAAAAGUUAGGAGCACUGCGAGGCCACACCUUGGCCACAGAGGAACAUUUUAAGGCUGUGGAACGCAGGCUACUCAAAGUGUAUGCCACUGUACAGUACUGUAUUGGUAAACACGGAAGGUCGAAAGUGCUUAAAAAUGGAUUUUUGUAAUUAAUAUACAAGGCGUAGUCCCUAAUUUAAUAUUUUUUGUGUUACUAACGAUUCCGAAAAUACGAACGAAAAACGGUUUAUUUAAGGAGUGAAAAAAUAGCAAGUGCCAUAAUUUGUGCCAGUGCCUAGAUCAAAGUGAUAAUAAAUAAAUAAAUAUUCUAUAAGUACAAAGA